UAUAAACUGUGUGACCUCAGUGACAUUGUUGAGCCACCGAACAAGCCUUGGAACCACUAUGUCUAAGCUUCUUGAUUAGGACACUUAACUUAGCCAGAAAGACAGCUAGUCAAUGGCAGAUCACGUGUGCUUUCCAGUUAUGAUGAAAACGAAGACCAAGGCUACCUGGCACCUUUGUCAAUCACACACAGGGUUUCGGGAUGAGGAGAGACAGACAAUAAGGAAGCAGACAUCUUUCACAUGCAGUGUGUUAUCACAAAGUGAUAGAUGCAAUGAAGAACUGAAGAACAGUGAUAGCUGCAAUGAAGAAAAGCAAAGUACAAUGAAAAUACAGCGAGUGAUGAGAUGUUUUAGGUGCUUCCAGAAGUCAGAGUGGCUGUUCACAGAUCAACACAUUCUCAAGGUGCGUUACCCCAAAUUCAGAGUAUCAGAAGACUGCCUGUACCUUAACAUCUACGCACCGGCUCAUGCAGAAACCGGCUCCAGGCUCCCGGUCAUGGUGUGGCUCCCCGGCGGCGCCUUCGAGACUGGCUCAGCGUCCAUCUUCGAUGGGUCCGCCCUGGCUUCCUAUGAGAACGUGCUGGUUGUGACCAUCCAGUACAGACUAGGAAUAUUUGGCUUCUUCAACACAGGGGACAAGCAUGCGCUGGGGAACUGGGCCUUCAUGGACCAGGUGGCUGCCCUGAUGUGGGUCCAGGAAAACAUUGAGUUCUUCGGUGGGGACCCAGGCUGCGUGACCAUCUUCGGCGAGUCAGCAGGAGCGAUAAGUGUUUCCAGCCUUAUUCUGUCCCCCAUGACUGAAGGCUUAUUCCACAGAGCCAUCAUGGAGAGUGGGGUGGCCAUCAUCCCUUACCUGAAGGCCCCUGAUCACGAGAGGAAUGAUGAUUUGCAGACAAUUGCAAGUAUUUGUGACUGCAGCGCGUCAAACUCCGUGGCUCUGCUGCAGUGCCUGCGGGCAAAGUCCUCCAAGGAGUUGCUGAGCAUCAACCAGAAAACCAAGUCUUUCACUCGAGUGGUUGAUGGCCUUUUCUUUCCUAAUGAGCCGCUAGACCUGUUGGCUCAAAAAUCAUUUCAUCUUGUUCCUUCCAUCAUCGGAGUCAAUAAUCACGAGUGUGGCUUCCUGCUACCCAUGAAGGAGUUUCCUGAGAUCAUUGGGGGCUCCAACAAGUCCCUUGCCCUGCAACUGAUACACUCAAUGCUGCACAUCCCUGUCCAGUAUUUAUACCUAGUGGCUAAUGAAUAUUUCUACAACAUGCACUCUCUGGUCGAUAUACGAAAUCGCUUCCUGGAUUUGCUUGGAGAUGUGUUCUUUGUGAUCCCUGGGCUGGUCACAGCUCAAUAUCACACAGAUGCUGGUGCCCCUGUCUACUUCUAUGAGUUUCAGCAUCAGCCCCAGUGCUUGAAGGACAGGAAGCCACCUUAUGUCAAGGCUGAUCACACUGAUGAAAUCCGCUUCGUCUUUGGAGGCGCCUUCCUGAAGGGCAACAUUGUCAUGUUUGAAGAAGCCACAGAGGAAGAGAAAGAGCUGAGCAGGAAGAUGAUGAGAUACUGGGCUAACUUUGCUCGGACUGGGAAUCCUAAUGGGAAAGGUCUGCCUCUGUGGCCGGCCUACAGGCAGUCUGAGGAAUACUUGCAGCUGGACUUGAACAUAAGCGUGGGACAGAGACUGAAAGAGGAGAUCAACUGGAUCAAAGCGGUGCCCUAUUAACAUUACUGUCCUUUUGAUCUACAAAUUCACUUCUGGAAGAUCACAUCACUUCUUCAACAGUCCAGACGAUCUUGAAUUGAAUUACUAAAUCAAACCCAAACAAAACUAAGAGAUUAAUCAGUCUUCACCUGUGAAUUUCCUCUCAUCCAGCAGAGGGCAGCAAUGUAAAAGGGGAAAAAAUUUCCCUUCCCUCAGGGCUCCUGGGACGCAGGUGCUGUGAUAAUGCUAGAGCUUAGGAGGAAAAGAAAACCAUACAAAAUAUGGCCCUUUGCGCUGUGGACCUUUCUGCCUGACCGCCCAAAGCCUGUUCCUCCUCCCUGUCAGCCUCUGGUCUUGGCCACGAGUCAUGGGCUCCCCCUCCUGGCAGAGGUGGGGUU